AUGAACUUCUUGAGAAAUACCUUGAGUGGCAGUGGCAAUGGAAGUGGCAAUGGAGGUGGCAUUGGAAGUCCCAAUAAUAAUAUUAGUAUUAAUGGUCCAAUGGGAGUCAAUAGUAAUGCAAUUGGUAGUCCUUCAUAUGUACCUACAUCACCAACAACAACUACAACAACUACUACUACUUCUACUUCUACAUCUGCGAAUGGAGUCCAGAAGAAGAAUAAGAAGGACUUUGAACUUGAUGAGUUUGAUCCAUAUGCCAGACAUUCUACAUCUCCUCCCUCUACAUCAUCAACAACAAACAACAACACAACAUCAUCAAACAUAUUCAACUCUCCAUUCUCAAUGGCCUCAGAGUAUCAAGAGUUGGAAGAAGAUGAUUACAUGUCACCACAACAACAAUCACAACAAUCACAAUCACAACAACAAGAUAGUAUUGAGGAUGACUUGCAGAGUCUUGACUUGGGAGGUGAUAAACACCAAGCUGGUGAACAACUACGUCCAAUGCAGAAGUUCAAGCCAAUGGUGGUGAGCGAUCCUCAACAACAGCAACAACAACACAGUCAGUCUGUCGACGACAUGUUCCAGAGUAUCGACCUGUUCAGUGCCAGUCGCAAUACACAACCAACCAACGCGUUUGAACAGUUGUUCAUGUAUGGCAACAGGGACUACCUUCUGGCCAAGCAGAAGCAGGAACAGCAAGAGCAAGAGCUACAACAAAAGAUGUCACCGCAGCAGUCAGAACAACAACAACAGCAACAACUUCAACCAAUCUCCGUCCCAAAGAUUGAGAAGCAAGACUUGAUCGCGCCAAAGCCAUUCGAUAUGAAGGCCAUCGAGCGUAUUAUCAACGGCUUGAAGGAGACGACGAUGUUGCAUCAUGAGACGCAGUCAGAGAAGACGAUAAACGAGGAGGCGAUCAGGAGUCUGUACAGACGUCUGUGGUCCGUGGUCGAGGAGCCAAUCACAGUCAACGACCACUGUCCCUGCGGCAACCUCUGCACCCACAAGUACAAGAACCAGGUCAAUCGACUCAACAUUGAUGCGGCCAAGCAGCUAGAGACGCUGCUCAAACAGAACCAUCACUACAACACGACACAGUUCAUCGGCAGUCUGUUCCAGCAGACGCUCAACGAGCUGCGUUUGGCCGUCGCAGUCUACUCUAACAUCGCCACUGGCGACACACACCCAGCCAGUGUCAUUUCGCAGAUGUUGGUGCAUCUCACGGCUGCUUUCAAGGACACCAAGCCACCACAAUCAGUCAUCACUCUGCUGAUGCAUCUGCACCAGACUCUUGUGACCAAGCUUGAGAACUCACCCGCUCGCAGGCCCGUCCACAAGGUUGUGGAGAUCGACUUCUUUGAGGAGGGCGAGCCAGAGACACCGGGCGAACGAGCCAGUGAAGACGACAUCAAGGGUGUCGAGAUCCUCUCGACGUUGAACCGCGAGAUGACCUUCAACUUCAACGAGGAGUUCCUGUCGUGGGGAUACAUGCUGGUGCAUCCAAGUGCAGAGGAUCUCUUCCAGAAUGACUGGAUGCUCAAGCUGUUCCACGUUGAGCAGCUGGCCGCUGGUAGACAGCAGGAGAUUGCUUAUCUCAAGGAAGAGACAUAUGUCAACCUGCUGCUACAGAUCGACUUCUCCAACUUCCGCAACCUCAUCAACUACUCCAACCUCAACAUCCAAGACAAGUUAUUACUGCCCCUCCAGAAGGGUCUCGAGAUGUCCAUCCAGCUCAAGAUGACCAAGCUCUCAAUUGCCAUCGGCAAGAUCGUCUGUUUGAUUGGAUUCUACUUCCCAAGCGAAGUGGAGAACUGUAUAACGAUACUUUACAAGACUAUAUGGCCAUCACAGUUGAUCAGUUGUACGAUGAUGCCAUUCUUUAAUUGGAGCGCACUCAAUGGACCAUGCUUGACCAACCUCUUCACCGACUUGUAUCAGUUGACAAUGACACCGCUCGAGUACUCCAAGCUGCAGGACUCAGCAAAGUACCAGUCGCGAUACCAAUUUGUAUACACACUCUUCUCGUACCAGCCCGUGGUCACCACGAUCUACGUGGCCGACCCCGCCGUCUCAACGGCCAACUCCAACGGCAUCAAGUUCCCACAGCUGCUGGCGCUGCGCCGCAUCGCCCAGCACGCAUCCACCGACAAGAGCGGCCUGCUGUUGGACGGCGGAACGAUCUACCAUUUGUCGCGUCUCAUCAUGGACGAGCUGUUCUACUUUGCCUUCAUCUUCAAGGUGCCCGCCAACAUGGUGGUCGACGCCACGCUCUUCCAGAACUUCAAGUCAGAGAUCUAUACACACAUCUUUACACUGAUGCAGACGAUGCCGCACCUGGUCAACCGCUUCAUGUACAACAUCGCACAACAGCUGCUCUACAUUGAUGCCGAGUCGUUCACGGCAUUCAUCGAGCCGCGCGCCAACUCACCCCUCUACUUCUGGGACAUGAGCGGCGACGGCAUCUCGUGGCUGGGCUUUGUGCUCUGUCAGCGACUGUUACCCAUCAUCGAUGAGGCCGAGUUCAUCGAGCAGCAUCAAUCGAUCAUACAGCAGUUCAUCAUCGACCCGCCCCCCUACGAGAUCGCACCCAACCACAUGCAGCACGCCACAAACAUCGUGUUCAAGGUGCUGCUCAAUGUCAACUGGGACAAGGUCACGCCGCUGGCGCGUCUCAAGACCAUUCUCGUGCUGAUUGGCGCGCGCAAGUACGUUGGCAACAUGUGGAUCUCAUUCUUCCUCAAUCACAGUCGUCUGCUACUCUGUCGCGAACUUAACAAGACAUUCAUUCGUGCCAUCCUCAAUGUGAACCCGCGCACAAUCUUCCACUUCAACGACAACAUGAUGUUUGUGUACAUUCAGGUCAUGCUCACGCUCAAUCAAUGCAUGUGUGAGCCUGUCCACUCGAUUGGCUCGAGUGCGCAGCUGGCCGAGCAGUUUGUUCGCAUUCAAUCACUACCAGUCAACUACGAGAUGUUGUCAUCAUUGAUGUGCUUCUUGGUGUUCAUACUCAAGGAUGAGCCGGGUCGCUUCGAUCGCGAGCUCCUCACCCUCUACUCCAACAUCACACAGAACCGCAACCAAUACACGGCCAACCUCAACGUCAUCCUACUCUUCCUCAAGCCCUGGUUCACCACCUCCAUGGACUGGCACCCUCAGCUGCUCGCUCAUUGGGUACAUAUACUCAAACAGAACAUGACUGACGAGGAGAAUGUGACCAUUCUCAACUACCUUGCAUGUGGAUCAUUCCUCAAGAACUAUGGCACUGAGUUUGAGGACUUGUUCGCAACACAGACAUCCUACAACCUCAAGGGAAUCCAGAAGUUGUCCAUAAAGAGACCAUGGAUCGCAUACUUCUUGGCAGUCAAUCAGAUAAAGACAAAGAAGGGUACUCAAUCCAAGUUGAAGGAGUCGAUGCAGUUCUUUAAAGAGUUGGCAAUGGAUCUUAAAGGCGACCCCGUCUCACUGAUCUUUUGGGAGCAAUUCUGGAUACUCUACUAUGACCUGGUCAUGGGCUACCAGACCGACCCUCUCUCACAAGAGGCAAAGAACGAGAUAUAUCAAUGUGUCAGCAUCUACAACGUCAAACAGCAGAUGCCACCUGUGGUCAAGCGCAUCUACGAGACAUUCACCACCUGGAACAAGGAGAGCAUCCUGCCGAUCAACGGCCGCAUGCUCAGUCUAGAGAACCACGAGUUGUGGCGCGUCUACUCGUCGACGGCCAUGUGGAUCUUCAAGAAGACCGAGGACAAGCUCUACUAUGAGAACAACCAGCGCAACUGGCUCAACAGCCUCACGAGCGACAUUAACCCCGAGGUGCUUGUCAAGCAGUUGGCGAUCGCGCCACGUCAGCUCGAGCUGUACACCACCGAGCAGAAGAAGUACCAGAGCUACGAGGACUACUUUAACGAGGCGGCGCACGCCAUCCUCAAAUCCACGGUGGUCGAGUCGAUCAAGAUGUUCAACGACCUCAAGAUUUACCUGGGCCACAGCAAGCGCCUGUCACAGGAUAUCAUGGAGGACGACCGUCUGUUCCUCGAGCUCAGCCAGACGAUGCACGCCACCAAGCAGACCAAGAGCAGCGUGGUACUCAAGUGCAAGGCCAGCCGCUGUCUGGGCAUCACUGUGCCACUCGAGCUUAAGAAGUCAGCGCCCAACAACCAGGUGACCGAUCUGAUCAAGGAGAACCGUCGUCGGUUCAACGAGCACUUCUACGCUCUGUUUGAGCGUGUCUACCAGAUGGCCAUCCUGGCGCUCACCCUCGAGGACAGCCGUCUGCACGACCUCUACUUCCGCAAGGAGGACCUCUUCGCCACGAUCGUUCAGAUCUCGGCUGAGCACGGAGCUGAGACAGUCACCGAGACGAUCAUCUACGCGCUCACUGAGAUCGCCUACAGGAUUGGCUGCGACAUCCUCGAGAAAGACCCCUCGAACCAGGCAUUCCUGCUCAAUAUCUUCCUGCCACAGUUUCACGAGCCGCUCAGCGCCGAUCCAUCCGAGGAGCGUGGCCAGCGUCGCGCCCUCAUCACAGACUACUCAUUGUUCCUUCGUCUGUUCUCACCAACGACCGUUGUCGACCUUGGCAAGUACCUGGAGUACCUCGAACAAUGUGUGUCCAACACAAACAUCAUCGUGCAACAGCGAAGAUCAUUGUUUGAGUCGUUCAAGAUUGAACAGCGCAUCCAGCCCAUCGUGCAGAUGCCCGGAGGCAAGGAGCGCCUGUUUGCUCUGCUGCCCGCCAUCGUGUCGACUAACGCUCUCGAGCCUGCCGCCGUUGUCAUCAACUCGCUACUCUUUGUUGACUCAACCUACCUGAUCAACACGACAAUGACCCUGGUCAAGGGCUACGCAAGCAAUGAGCUGGCCGAGCGCAUCUAUGGCAAGGGCAAGCAGUUCUACGAGUUCCUCAAAUCCAUCAAACCAGAGCAACAACAGCUGAUCGUGCAGACCCUGGUCGAGAAGGUGUCAGACAUCAAGUCGCCCACGGGCCUGGCCAUUGUGUCUCACUUGGUCUUCUACGAGUUCCUCACCAAGCCAUUUGUCCAGUCACUCCUGGCCAAGAUCCGAUUGAUCUACAUCCAGGCCGUGCGUCCAAAUGAGCGUGGCAUUCUCCUUACCGACAGCGAGUUUGAACAGUCGAUCCGCUUCUUCACUGAGCUCAUCGCGCUGAUCCCUCGCAGCAUCAACAUGGUGUGGGAGGUGUUCUUCUAUGGCUACAUCCCAUUGUUGGACAAGUAUCGCAAGCAGGGCGUCAAGAAGGACUACUCGGCCAACAUCGUCGCGAUGAUGGGUGAGCUCGUGGCCGAGGGACACCUCGAAUUCGCCACCUUCCACAUCCAACCCAACGACAUUCUCGAGCAGAUGUGCAAUGUGAUCACUCAGACAGAGUAUGGCGAGAUCGUCGUGGCACUAUUCUCCAUCCUCGACUGGGAGAUCCUGCGAACGAUGCCCAAGAUACCCGACCACAUCGCGCUACACUAUCUCAAGCUAUGCAUCUAUAUCACAAUACUCAAUGGCACAUCGAUCUUGGCACCCGAACUCGGUCUGUCUCUGGCCAAUGAGGGCUCACUUGACUGGUUCAAGUGUGGCGAUCUCAGUGAUGCGAGCAUAGUAUUUGAUGGCUUGGCACUUGUCAACAUGAUCAAGUGUCCAUCACUCAAUCGCAAUCCAACCACACAGAUCAUUGACGCACUAUCUUUGGUCAAGGACAUCACGCUCUAUUUGGACAACUACAACCUGGCCGUUGCACUAUCAUUGGAGAUUAGAUCAUUAUUAUAUCUCACAGCAAUCAAUCAGAAUGGCAGAUACUGGUACAUGCCCCAUCAACAACAGUUCCAAUUGGUUCAGACUAUGUUGUUGCCAUUGAUCAGAUCACUGGCUGAGAACAAGGACGCCAAGGACACUGAGCAGUCGGGUACACAGCAGAGAAUGAAGAACAUAUUGAAGACUAUGUUGUCUUGUCUGGACUAUGACCCAUCGAGCAAGGCCAUCAGCUGUAAAGCACUUGGCUUUGCAACUGACCCAUUGCCACAGGAGAAUCUGAACAAGGAUCUCUACAACAAGGUGCAGACCCUCAUACUCAAUUUCUGCUCGACGCUCACCAGCAACCUCUGUAUCCAGCUGAUGCCCAUCACUCACAUUGCACUGCAAGGUAGCAGUUUCUGUCUUGUCCUCGAGGCCAUCCUACACUCAUUCCUACAAGAUGAGAACACUCAAGUGUCCACACUCAUCAACAAGUAUCUAGUGUUCACUGAUGCCGAGUCCAUCAUAACCAAAUCAAUCCAGAACAACUGUCCAUUGACACUGUACAUUGUAGUCCUGCAACAAAUCAAGUCGAAGACACUGGACUCCAAUCAGUUGCUGGAGCUCAUAUCAAACAUUAACUUCCAACACAACAGGGAGUAUGAGUUGUGGAUUGUUUGGAUACUGAUCAUCAAGAUGGUCAGGAACAAUGAUAUCAAUCUCAAGAACAAGCCCACCGUCCAGAAGCUUGCCGUCGUCAAAUCCUGGAUUCAAUCAUUCAAUGGUACCACCAACCCAAUCGUGUCUCUAUUCUCCAAGAACAAGAGCAUCAUUCCCCAGACACAUCUCGCCUCCCGAGCCUGUCUAGUAUUCCUUCAGAAGGUCAUUGUACAGCAACAAGGUAAAUCAAAGGAAGAUGAACAACUGUUAUCAUCAACAUUGGAGGGACUUGUGGAUUUGAGGAAGAAGACGGAUAACUACAAGUCGUUCGAUUCAUUCUUUGUCCAGAUCGACAACUUUAUGUCACCAAUAUGUGAGGUGGAUGACUUCUGUCUGAUACUCAUCCAGACACUUGUACCAUUCGCUUCAUAUCUCUCCAACCUUAUGAAAUACGAACCAUAA